GGCCAGCUGUGUGUGUGAGGCGGCGCCGGAGGAGGAGGGACCGACCCUUCCCGGGUGACGGGCCCGGUUCUUCCCCAGGGCGGCAGGUCCAGGCCCGGCAGGCGGGGUGGGGUCCAACCGGGGCCGCCCUCUCCUUUCCUUCCCAUCCCUUCCCCAGGCGAGCAUCAUCAUCGGCGGCGGCUGCCGGGCUCCGAGUCGGGCACCAUGUCUGGGCAGAGCAUCACCGACCGCAUCACGGCGGCGCAGCACAGCGUGACCGGCUCGGCCGUCUCCAAGACCGUCUGCAAGGCCACCACGCACGAGGUGAUGGGCCCCAAGAAGAAGCACCUGGACUAUUUGAUACAGUGCACAAACGAGAUGAAUGUGAACAUCCCGCAGUUGGCGGACAGCUUGUUUGAGAGGACGACAAACAGCAGCUGGGUGGUGGUGUUCAAGUCGCUCAUCACGACCCACCAUCUAAUGGUGUACGGCAAUGAGCGUUUCAUCCAGUAUCUGGCUUCCAGAAACACAUUGUUCAACUUGAGCAAUUUCUUGGACAAAAGCGGAUUGCAAGGGUACGAUAUGUCCACAUUUAUCAGGCGUUAUAGCAGGUAUCUGAAUGAAAAAGCAGUUUCUUAUAGACAAGUAGCGUUCGACUUCACAAAAGUAAAACGAGGGGCGGAUGGAGUGAUGAGGACAAUGAAUACAGAGAAACUCCUAAAAACAGUACCAAUUAUACAAAACCAAAUGGAUGCUCUUCUGGAUUUCAAUGUCAACAGCAACGAACUUACAAACGGUGUAAUUAAUGCUGCCUUCAUGCUUCUCUUCAAAGAUGCCAUCAGACUCUUCGCAGCAUAUAAUGAAGGGAUUAUUAACCUGCUGGAAAAAUACUUUGACAUGAAAAAGAACCAGUGCAAAGAAGGCCUCGACAUAUACAAGAAGUUCCUGACUAGAAUGACGAGGAUUUCCGAAUUUCUCAAAGUCGCAGAGCAAGUGGGGAUAGACAGAGGAGACAUACCAGAUCUUUCUCAGGCCCCAAGCAGUCUUCUGGAUGCUUUGGAACAGCACUUGGCGUCUUUGGAAGGAAAGAAAAUCAAAGAUUCCACUCACGCAAGCAGGGCAACUACCCUUUCCAAUGCCGUCUCUUCCCUUGCAAGCACCGGCCUGUCACUCACCAAAGUAGAUGAAAGGGAAAAACAAGCCGCGCUAGAAGAAGAACAGGCACGCUUAAAAGCUUUAAAGGAACAGCGUCUAAAAGAACUUGCAAAGAAACCUCAUACCUCCUUAACAACUGCCUCCUCCCCGGUGUCCAAUGCAGCAGGAAGCAUUAUGACUACACCAGCCAUUGACAUUUUUUCCACACCUAGUUCUUCAAACUGCACAUCAAAGUUGCCAAAUGACCUGCUUGACCUGCAGCCAACAUUUCACCCAUCUGUGCAUCCUAUGUCUUCUGCACCCCAAGUGGGAGGGACCUGGGCAGAUCCCUUCACUCCCACCGCGGAUGCCGUUGACGAUGCCGUUCCGAGCCUAAAUCCUUUCCUCGCAAAAUCUAGCGAUCACCUCUCUGUCUCCUCUGACGUACCUCCUUUCACUACUAGGACACCUACUCAUGAGAUGUUUGUUGAUCGCUUCAACCCAUUUAUCGAGUCAAACCCCUUUGUGGCAACCAAAUAUGCAUCUACUGUCCAGCUCUGUCACUUUACUUCAGAUUCUUUUUGUGGUCCACAAGCUUAUCCUAACGCUUCCCAUUUCCUCAGUGAGCCCUCAACCGUAGCUGGUCUAUUUGGAGGUUUCACUCCAUCUCCUGUUGCCCAACCCCAAUCUUCUGCAGGCCUUAACGUUGACUUUGAGUCUGUGUUUGGAAACAAAACUUCAAACAUGCCAGUGGAUUCUCUCGGGUUUGAUGAAUUAGGCGGACUUCUAAAACCAACAGUGGCUUCUCAAAACCAGAGUCUUCCGGUUACCAUUGGACCUCCUAACAAAUUAGUAUCAGAUGAUCUGGAUUCAUCUUUAGCUAAUCUUGUAGGCAAUUUGGGCAUUGGAAAUGGAACAGCGAAAAAUGACGUAAACUGGACGCAGCCAGGAGAGAAGAGGCUGACGGGAGGUUCCAACUGGCAGCCCAAAGUCGCGCCGACAACAGCAUGGAAUGCCCCGACAAUGGCGCCACCCGUAAUGGCCUAUCCUGCCACGACGCCAACAGGAGUGAUGAGCUACGGAAUGCCGUCCCAAAUGGGAGGAGUACCUGUAAUGACACAGCCAACCUUAAUAUACAGCCAACCUGUCAUGAGACCUCCAAAUCCUUUUGGUCCUGUGUCAGGAGCCCAGCUGCCUGCCGCUUCCAGCCCGUCCACUCAGAGGCCUCACAGCGCUUCCGGACAGGAUCCUUUGGCAGAGGUCUCCCUCCAGGAUUUCUUGUAAAAUCAACUUAGAUACAGUUCAUGUAACCGUGCCAGAUGGAGGGGGUGAGAACCGUUCCGGAAAGACCUCACGCUCAGCGGCUGACUCUUCCUUCCAGCCACAUCAAAACCGAUGUCUCUUAAGCUCUCCUCUUCCUUUAGACCAAUCCAGAAAAAAAAAAUCACAAAAGGCCCGCAAGAGUGGCGGGAGGUGCCACUCCGGGGGAAACCCCUGCCGCACAGAGGAUAAAGCCGAGAAUUGUCACAGUUUGGUGUAGGUUCUUUAUUUUCUCUUUUCUUUCUCCCCCUCUGGUGACUUAACAUGUUGGUAAGCUUUCUGGCCACCCUUUUUCAUAACCGCCAUCGAGAACACACACGUACACGCAAAAGAAGCCUCUUGUCCCGCCAAGGAGGAUAACAGCGUGCACUCAGAGCUGUUGUUCGGAACGAAGAGCUGAGCACACCCUUUCACCGUUAACUCCCGACGACUUUUCUCUAGGGGAUCAAAUCCCGACUCUUAAUUCUACAGCUUUUCCUCUUCCAUCAUCCUCAAUAUUAGACUCAAUAAUGAAACGUUUAACUUAAAAACAACAACACAAGAAUUAUAUAUUCUGUUUGCAUAGACAUUCCUUUAUGUAUUAUUUGUAUUUAUUUAUGGUUAUCGAUUUAAGUAACAAUGGUAUCACAAAGCCUCCUGCGUGGGGAAAAACGUGUCUGUGGAUGUAUACAGUAUGUCUCCUCCUAGGGUUUCUCCCCUCCCCUUUUAUAUCCACAAGAACGAUUCGGAGUGCAUCCUCACCCACCGAAACACACCCAGAUGCACGGAGUACGUUCCCGGGGUCUGAAAAUACCGAUUGUCGCGCCUCCCUGGGAAUUGGAGGUGUCGUCCUCAUAAACUGUCGAUUCCACUACGGAUUUGGGGGGGGGGAGCAGCCGACCGGCUUGGAGGGGCACCGGAUUGCUCAGCAAGGCGGCGGCGGCGGCUUCAGGAGCGAACUUUUUCCUUGCUUUGUGCUUGGCAUGUAAUUAUCUUACACUUGACAUAACGGCCUUUCCACAAUGAAUGUGAGGAAUUGCUUUCACUUUAAAGACUUUCCUUCUUCUCAGUACAAACAAAACUUUUUGAGGUAUUAUUGGAGGGGGGGAGGGGGUCUGGGAGAGGCGACGAAGGCCUUGAUUCUUCCCUACAUUUGGCCAUUGAUCAUGUACUGUGGAAUCGAUUAAAGUCUAAAAGGGAAAUAGCAUCUUGAAGGACUCAGUCCCUCGGGAAGUUCCCCUGCGUGGUUCUCCGGUUAAAUUGCAGGGGAGAGGCGGAGCAGGAAAUUCUUCCCGGUGCUCUCUUAAUUGUGUAGGUAUCCUAGGGUUUGGUUUUUUUUGCAGAAUUAGAAGCAGCGCUGUUGACCAGCGCUUCCGUGUAAAUACAUCAUUCCGGUUUGGGGUGGCAAAACGGGGCCUUAAGAAGGGUAAGUCGAAGGCAUGAAAGCAAUUCUGUACAUGAACUUAAGCAUACUUGCUGCAUUGUCUCCGCAGAUUCUAUUUUUGUUUAAAAUGUUGAAAUGUAUGUUAGCAAAAAAAAAAAAGUGGAUUUUCAAAUAAAAAUGCAGCUUCCACAAACUCUUGGUUAGGGUA